GCCACCACCCCCACUUUCGAUCACCAUCAUCUAGCCAUCAGCGAUGGCGUCCACCGUUCAGUUCCCCUCUCCGCAGUCCCAGCCCUUGAGCCCGAUCUCGCAGAACAAGUCGUCGUCGCCGUCGAUGCCGGGUGGCAUGCCGGCCCCCAAGCCACCCACCCAUCCUCCACCCGCGACGAUGCAGGGCGCGCCUCAGUCGAUCUCGACGAAGCAGACUGCCACAAAGCAGGGGCCACCUCCGGCGACUAGGCAGGGACCGCCUCCGGCGCCCAAGCCUGCUGCUCCGAACGGCAAGUCUGCGACGCUGCCGCCGAGCAAGGCGCCGCAAACUGCGUCAGCGCAGCCCAAGCGUCAGGCCACCGCGCCGGCGCCGAAGCAGACUCCCGGCGCCGCGAAGGCAGCUCCCGCGUCCACCGGCAAGCAGGGUGGCGCGCAAGCGAUGUGCAGCUAUUGCCACCAGAAGCCCUGCUACAACGGCUUCCCUCACUGCUCGAAGACAUGCGCGAAGCAGGCGGCCUCGCUCUGCGACUUCUGCCGCAAGAAAGACAAGUACCCUGGCUUCGACUUUUGUGGGAAGCGCUGCGCGGCCCAAGCAGCGAAGACUGGCCAAGCAGUGAAGCGCUCGACCGGAGGAAAGGGCCCUCUCAGUGGGCCUCUCGCCAACAUCCUCAACGUCUUGAGCAACAACGUCGGCAACCUAGGAUCUGUGAUGAACAACAACGGGCUGGACCCGUUGCAAGUCGCUAAGCUCGUCAUCCAGCAGCUCCCUCCGGCUCAGCAGGCGCCACUCAUGCUAGCGCUCACGGCGGCGACAGCGCUCGCGAAGGGUGCCUCAGCCGCGUUCAACGGCGGCAACGGCACGUCCGCCGCUGCCAACCAGAAUGCGCAGCCUCACGGUAGCAUCGCGCCGGCCACCUUCCCGGCAGAGUGCGCGCUGGCUGGCUGCAAUCAGCCGGUCUUCGUCGACAGCAAUGGCGACACGGGGGAAUACUGUUCGGCGCGUCACAGGGAAGAGGCUGUGCAGACCGGCCAGGCGACUGCCUGCAUCAUGUGCCGCAAGUACCCCCAGCACGGCAAUGACGACUUCUGUAGCCGCGCAUGUCGCGACGACGCGGCGCAGAAGGGUCUUCCGCCGUAAGCACGGAAGGGGACUCUGCGUACCAACUCUCCGUGUCAAACUCGCUGUUUGUACUUGUAUCCCGCUUUCGAGCUGCGCUCCUUUUUAUUGCAUGAUGUGUACGAUGUAGCCGUAGAGAAUUGAGUACGAGUAUUAUUUGGUCUGUAA